AUGGCAUCAUUCUUCGGCGCACUACUGCGACUACUCUUCAAGAAGAGACAGCAAGAAGGUCAUAUUGAUGAGGAACAGGGGGCACAGAAUGCCAUCCCCGCGGCAGGUGUCGGCUCAACUCCUAUAGCUUCGACGUUGGGGACCAACUCAAAUAUUCUCCCCCAUACUCAUCAAAGCUACCUCGUACCCGAGGACAACCGUCUUACCCUCUUCCGCCUUAUGGUGGGCAUUAGUACUUCGCCGUAUCUUGGCUACAGCGAAUCGAGCCCCGUGGGAACCCGCCCGGCCGCCAAUAUCGGUAUAUACGCGCGCGUCGUACACUCGGAACAGAAGUCUAAGGACCGUUAUAAAGUAUUUUCAAUCCUUAUCAACGCGUGUUACUUUUUCCAGAUUGUAGUAGCAGCAUCGAUCACGGCUAUGGGCGCAGCAGGAGUUAGCCACGGAGCGGUCACGGCCUUCGGCGCUAUCAACACCAUCAUCGCUGGACUCUUAACAUUCCUAAGGGGCAGCGGGCUCCCGGGACGUCUCAAAUACUAUGGGAACGAGUGGAAAAAGAUACGCGAAUUUAUCGAACAGCGCGAGCGUGACUUCUCCCGUACGGGCUGCACGCUUGACGUUUACGAAGUUGUCGCAGCCAUAGACCGAAUGUAUAAUCACACCAAGCAAGAAAUCGAGAUGAAUACGCCGGAUAGUUAUACAUCGGUGACAAGGAAUGUGCGAAAUUUCAGAGACAGUAGCGAUAAUAUUAUAGAUAUCUCGAAGGUGGACGGUUUAGCGCACAAACUGGCAGCGAAUAUGGAGAGCAAGGCACAGGAUGUUACGAAUCACGUUCGCGAUCAAGGAAGGCGGAUGCAAGAGGCUACCGCUAGGGAAGUCGAGAGCCACGCGGCAUAUUUGGAUCGCGAGGUCGAGGAACGGCGUGCACAGGCAGUUCGAGCAGUCGAUGAAAGCCAACGUGAGAUAUCGAAUCAGAGAGAUCGGAUAGAGCAGGCAGGAGCACAAGUUGUAAGGGAUGUGGACGAGACGCAAAGAGCAGCGAUGGGAGAAAUGAGAGCAACGGCAUCUGCUCAGGUACAGAAAGUUGCCGACAAAAUAGGACACCAUGAUUCAAAACACGAAGAAGAUGAGAAGUAA